AUGGGAAUGUGGCUUUUUGACGAAGGAAAGGGCGGUGUCGCUACCGAUUCCUCGGAACAGGGAAACGAUGGUGAAAUCCAUGGCGCGAAAUGGGUAGAUGGUAAAUUCGGAAAGGCACUUGAAUUUGAUGGUGCCAACAACUGGGUUGAAGUUCCACACUCAAACACUGUCGGGUUUAAGGCGGGUGUCUCGUUCACGAUCACACUCCAUUUCAAAGGCACUAAGGUCGCUGGCGCGCUUGUUGGCAAAAACUACGAGGAUACAUCACAGGUGCUCCCGUGGUACCUGCUCUGGAACGGAGGCGCCGAUAACAAGGUGACCCUCUACCUGCGCGACAGUGCGUCAGCAAGUUUCCAAGCAGGCGGCACCACCGAAAUUGGAGACGACAAAUGGCACUUUGUCGUCGGCAGAGCCGACGCAAGUACUGGUAAAUCUUCGAUAUGGAUAGAUGGCAAGAUGGAAACCGAAGCCGAUUUCAACCAAAAAGACGGAUACGGCACCGGUGAAGGUGUAUUUCAUAUUGGGCGGCACUAUGACCGAUAUACUACGGGCAUUAUUGACGAUGUUGCUCUCUUCAAUGUUGCUUUGGAAGAAGAGGAUAUAAAGGCUCUUAUGGACGACGGUAUUGAAACUGCCGCCGCAGUCGAACCCGUGAACAAACUAACAACGACAUGGGGUAGAAUUAAACAGCAGAUAGGCAAAUAG